AAAAACCCGCUAGACUAGCAGACAAGCAUGCCCCAAGGCAGGAAGAGACACAUGCAGCUGGAACGCCCUGGGUGGGACCGCCUGAAUCUGGACUGUGGCAGAGGGCCACACCUGGUUCGCGGACCCCCGCGUCUGCUUUACAAGGACAGAACAAUAGUGGAGUGGAGUUUCCGAUAGGUACGAAUAUCCCACGUAAUAAUCACAAUUUCCCUUUAUAAUAUUAACCAAUUAUCUUAUCUGUACUGAGACUGUUGGCAAAAAAAUGCGCUUAACCGGAUCUUGGCAAGAAAGGAAUAAAGUGGCAAUUGACGUCACCCGAACGAAAAAACAAGCCCAAAAUCGCCAGACACUUUCUGAUUGGCAUGCAGUUCGUACUAACACCUAGAGCAACCAGCUCCGCGCAGGAUCAGGCGGAAGCAAAUAUUUAUCGACCGUGUGCAUACAUCAUAUUGACACUAGGCAUGGAGCAGGGAGGGGUAAUUGGCCGGCGACUGAUGUACAUCAACAGAGCACGGCGUUUGGGGGUGGGGGGGAGUGCACUAUUUAUCUGGGACGCGUGCACAUCAUCUGUCUUCCCAUUAGCCAAUAAGAGCUGAAAUAGUGCUCAUUAUGCUGCACCGUGCACUUGCGGUGAGUCUGCCCGGUGUACUGCGGACCGGAGCGGACCGGAGCGGGGUUCGGCGCUACGUCUCACCCUGUGACGCUGCUAGUGACUGAGGGGCAGCACUGGCAGGGGAGGAGGGACGCGGCUACCGCUCCGUCGCCCGUGUUUACACUGUCCUUUUAUUUUAUUUUUAUUAUCUACUAAUCUAAAUGUAAUAAUAAUCGCGCUGCAUCAUGCCGAUUUGCAGUUUAAAGGCCUCCGAGCUUAAUUUUUACAUAUGUACUGUGUGAGAGCGUUCGCGUGGAAUGACACUUUUUUCCCCCCACUGAUGUAUAACGACAUCCGCAGAUAAUUUUCGACGGCUGGCGUUUGACAGGAAUAUGGCAUUUUGAACGUGAGUCUAGCGCUUCUAAGUGCGAUCGCUGUAGUAGCGACGGUCGAUAGCCUUAUCGGGACGCGGGGCUUCGUAUCAGAUAUUGAAUUCAAGUUGUGGGAUCUUAUAUAUGAACUGGAUUUGUUUCCAAAAAACGUGAUAUAUAUUUUUUGCGAUCGCUUGUGUAUUCUCUCCACCGGUAAACACUAGCAAUAUUAAAGAAUGAAUCACAGAUGUAGCUAGAGGAUUGCGUUACUGUAAUUUAUUGUAUAAAUAAGAUACAGUUAUUCUGUAUUUUGAUAACAGAUUUUUUGAUUUCAGGGUAUCGUUGCUGAAUUUGUGCUUAGCUGACAAGCGUAUCGCGUAUGAUUAGCACAUUUACUGUUAAUUUGUUUCUGUAAUAUUUCGUUAUAGUCCGGUAGUCCCGUUUGAUUUGUCUUAAUUUGCAGUCGCAUUUAUUUCGCUUACAAUGUGGCAAAUAUUCCUUUAGCUGUUAAAUACACAGUUGUCGCUGUCAAAUAUUUACAUACACAAACUGACAGGAGAUUAUCCUCAGUCGAUUGCAAAUAACUUCCCGUUUUUGAAACUAAUCGUUUAUGUACUCAGCACUGAAGACCGACUGAGAAAUCUUGUAAGAGAAUGGCACCGUUCCUCUUUCCUUUCGCUCUCUCCAUCCUCCCCUUUCUCACUGUGGCUGCGCAUAACACAUCCACCGGAGGUUGUGCUAUUAUCCGCCCCCCCAGAGAUGGAGGGAUAAGGUACAGGGGGCUUACGCAGGAACAGAUCCGCAGCAUCCAGAUCCUGCCCGUCGACUAUGAGAUCGAGUACAUCUGCCGGGGGAACCGCGUCAUCGUGGGGCCCAAGGUCAGGAAGUGUCUCCCCAACGGCAGCUGGACGGAGCUCACGCAGCGCAGCAGAUGCUUGCUGAUGUGCCCGCGUGUGUGGACCUCCUUGGAGAAUGGCCAGGUGACGAUGUGGCCCGCGGGGCUCCCGGUGGAGGGGACGGUGCUACAAUACAGCUGCUUGGCUGGUUUCAGGCUGGUGGGCCGGAACUCCACCCUCUGUUCCAAACUUGGCAAAUGGGACUCGCCCAAACCCGUCUGCCAUUAUGACAGACAUUACUCAGGCAAGAAGAAGCUGUACAUUGGCGCCCUAUUCCCGAUGAGCGGGGGCUGGCCUGGGGGGCAGGCAUGUCUGCCCUCUGCUCAAAUGGCCUUAGAUCUGGUCAACAAGAGAACUGACAUCCUGCCCGAUUACGAACUGGAACUGAUAUACUAUGACAGUAUGUGUGACCCCGGCGAGGCCACCAAGUUGCUGUACGACCUGCUAUACACGGAGCCCAUCAAGAUCGUGCUGAUGCCUGGCUGUAGCUCUGUCUCCACGCUGGUGGCUGAGGCGGCCCGCAUGUGGAACCUCAUCGUGCUGUCCUACGGCUCCAGCUCCCCCGCCCUCUCCAACCGCCAGCGCUUCCCCACCUUCUUCCGCACGCACCCCUCCGCCACGCUCCACAACCCCACCCGCGUGCAGCUUUUCCAGAAGUGGAAGUGGACCAAGAUCGCCACCAUCCAGCAGACCACGGAGGUCUUUACAUCGACCCUGGAUGAUCUGGAGCAGCGAGUGAAAGAGGCCGGUAUCGAGAUCAGCGUCCGUCAGAGCUUCCUGACUGACCCGGCGGUGGCAGUCAAGAACCUCAAGCGCCAGGACGCCAGGAUAAUCGUGGGGCUCUUCUACGAAACUGAAGCUCGCAAAGUCUUCUGUGAGGUGUUCAAGGAGAAGCUUUAUGGGAAGAAAUACGUGUGGUUCCUCAUCGGAUGGUAUGCGGACAACUGGUUCAAGAUCAAGGACCCGUCCAUCAACUGCACGGUGGAGAACAUGACGGAGGCCGUGGAAGGGCAUGUCACCACGGAGAUCGUCAUGCUGAACCCGGAGACGGUCCGGGGGGCCUCCAACCUGACAUCUCAGGAGUUUCUGGAGCAGCUGAUGUCCAAGCUAGGGGGCAAGAACCCAGAGGAGACGGGGGGCUUCCAGGAGGCCCCGCUGGCCUAUGACGCCGUGUGGGCGCUGGCUCUGGCCCUUAACAAGACUGUGGCGCCCCUGAAGGCUAAGGGCUGGAGGUUGGAGGACUUCAACUACAACAAUCGCGAGAUCACGGCUGAGAUCUACCGGGCCCUCAACACCAGCUUCUUCGAGGGCGUGUCGGGCCACGUGGUCUUUGAUGCCCAGGGUUCGAGAAUGGCUUGGACUCUUAUCGAGCAGCUGCAAGGUGGGAGCUACAAGAAGAUUGGGUAUUACGACAGCACCAAAGGAAAUCUCUCCUGGUACGGCAAUGACAGGUGGAUAGGCCUGGGCCCCCCCGCAGACCAGACCGUGGUCAUCGAGGAGUUCCGCUUCCUGUCCCAGAAGCUUUUCGUGUCCGUGUCAGUUUUCGCCGGCCUCGGUAUCCUGCUGGGCAUCGUGUGCCUCACGUUCAACAUCUACAACAGCAAUGUCAGGUACAUCCAGAACUCCCAGCCCUACCUGAACAACAUGACGGCCGUGGGCUGCAUGCUGGCCCUGGCAGCCAUUUUUCCCCUGGGCAUCGACGGGCUCCACGUGCACCGGGCUCAGUUCCCCGUCGUCUGCCAGUUUCGCUUGUGGCUGCUGGGACUGGGAUUCAGCUUGGCCUACGGCAGCAUGUUCACUAAGAUCUGGUGGGUUCACACGGUCUUCACCAAGAAGGACGAGAAGAAGGACAAGAGGAAGCAGCACCUGGAACCUUGGAAGCUGUAUGCCACAGUGGGGGUGCUCCUACUCAUCGACAUCGUGUCCCUCAUGAUAUGGCAGAUUGUGGACCCCUUGCACAUCACUGUAGAGAAGUUCACCAAAGAAGCUCCCAAGGAGGACCUGGAUGUGCUCAUUCAGCCCCUUCUGGAGCACUGCAGCUCGGAGAAGAUGAACACGUGGCUGGGGGUGGUGUACGGCUACAAGGGACUCCUGCUGUUACUGGGGAUAUUUCUGGCCUAUGAGACAAAGUCCAUUUCCACGGAGAAAAUCAAUGACCAUCGGGCCGUGGGAAUGGCGAUCUAUAACGUGUCGGUGCUGUGCAUGAUCACAGCCCCCGUCACCAUGAUCCUGUCCUCCCAACAGGACGCGUCCUUUGCCUUUGCAUCUCUGGCCAUCGUCUUCUCUGUCUACAUCACUCUGGUCGUGCUCUUCAUCCCCAAGAUGCGGCGAUUGAUCACUCGUGGGGAGUGGCAGUCGGAGCAGCAGGAGACCAUGAAGACAGGCUCCUCUACCAACAACAAUGACGAGGAGAAGUCACGGCAACUGGAGAGGGAGAACAAGGAGCUGCAGAAGAUCAUUCAGGAGAAAGAAGAAAGGGUGUCGGAGCUGAGGAACCAGUUGACCGAACGGCAGGCUCUCCGCUCUAGAAGACGUUCCUCCACCCAGAACCAGAACCACAGCUCUUCCCUGCCUCCUUCCGCCCAGAAUGACCCCAAAUCCAUGUUGCCCCCGCCCGGCUACCCCCUACCUUCUGGUAACCACCCCAUCUCUGCCUCCUUCUCCAACUCCUCCAAUCUCUACCAGCCCGAUGGCAAGAUAGGCCGUAACAACUGUCACACUAGCCGCCUGCAGCUACUCUAUAAGUAAUGGAGGGAAGAGGAAGGAGGGAAGGAGGGAGGGAAAAGAAGGAGCGUCUUUGUUACAAGCCAAAGCAUGAGCAAUAGCUUAUAAUGAGCAGCUGGAUGGUUUGUGUCAGCAGGUGAGAUUUUAAUGGGAAUUAACGAUUAACCCCAACACUCUCUCUCCCUCUCUCUCUCUCUCUCUCUCUCUCUUUCUCACCCUCUUUCUCCUUCUCAUUCACUUUCUGUCCACUUGAGUGAAAGCAUAAGGGUUGGCCUCCUGUCUACAGUAAUCCAUGCCAUCGUUUUUAAACAUAUUUGCUGCUGGUGCAUGAGAUAUAUGUUUCCUGGAAUCAGUAGGUGUGUGUGUGUGUGUGUGUGUAUGUAUGUGUGUGUGUGUGACGCGGUUAAUGGGAAUCGUCACCGUACAGGGCGGGUCGCUGAGAAUCUCCCAAGAAUCCUUCCCUGAGGCGACAGAGGUGAGGUGAAAUGCUGCUGUUGGCCCAGCCGCUCCCAGUCCUGUAGCCCUGCAUCUUUUAAAGUCACUUUACAAUGAGAUACUCCUCGCUCAGCAGGGGCGUUAUUCACUAUUAUACUGCUGAAGGCUCAGUCUACUGCCCCCCCCCCCCCACCCCCAAGGAGCAGAUUUGCUCAUUCCCAACCUCAUGUUGUGGAAUGAGGUGCCUCUUUUAGGUAGCUGCUGUUUUUCAAGCUCUUCUUUAACAGGGGGGGGGGGUGUGUGUUUUGGAUAAUCGCCUUAAUGAAAGGUCUGGCUGUCAGAGGCCGGUGCUUACAGUCUGAAGUUGCUCUCUUGAGAUUAUCUGUGAAGGCUCAUUUGGGACCGAAGGUAACAUUUAUGUUCGAAAACACCGUUUUUGGAAUGUUUGGAGACACACUGCUCUUAGGUGUGAAUCGGCAGAGUGGAGGCGGCCACAGGAGUCUGCAGUGUCCCUGCUGUUUGUGGGAGUCCGUCUGCUGGGUGGAUGUGGGGCUGCAUUUGGGUGGAAUGUAAGCAAAGACCUCCUCUCCUUGUAGCUAAUGGCCUCUCGCCCUUCCUCCCUGACAAGAAUAGGCAUGGUGACCCUGCUUGCACAUAGACCUGUAAGCAGAGGGUGUUCAGGUAGAAACCCCCCCCCAUCCCACAGAACCAAUUCGGGAUGACCAAAAGCAUGGGACUUCAUGUAAUAACAUUACUAGGAUUGUGUCCAUGUAUUAGACCAGUAUUUUCCAAUCUGUUUCUUGGGGACCCACAGACAGUCCACAUUUUUGCUCCCUCCCAGCUCUUGUUAUGGAGCAAAAAGGUGGACUGGCUGCUGGUCCUUGAGGACUGGAUUGGAAAACACUGUAUUAGACUAUAGCAGGCCAAUGGACCAGUGUUUAGCUGUUUAUCAGUUUAGACUUGCUGUUAUAUAACAUUAAUGAGUUUUCUGGUACCAGUCCAGUGUCCAAAAGCUUGAAUCCAUAUCUUUUCAUGUAUCGUGCGGCUGGUUCUGUUGGGUCUGUACUGUGUCACUACCAAAGUGGGCCAAUUUUUGGCAUCUCAUAGCAUACGAUGUACGUAAACAGCCUAUUCUGUCCCCGUGAUAAAGGUUCUCGCGUGACAAAAGCAAUUAAUAUGUAAGAGGAAAUAAAAUGACUUUCCUCAUUAAACUGGACUAAUAUCUGAUGCUGCUGUAUGAUUUUGUUUUCUGUAUCACAUCAGUUGGGCUCAGUCCACACAAGCUGUGUGACUGCAGCUUAUUAUCGGGACUGAUUUUCUGUACCUAUAAAUAGUUAAAGGAAGCGUUAUGUAGCGAGUUUCACAGUGUCAGAGGCCGGCUGAAUGCUGUGUAUGUUAGCCUACCUCCUCGACAGGCUGUUUAACGUUGUUUGACACCUAAGCACAAAGCAGGGGCCCUGGGGUCUGUUUAAAGUUGUUUUCUGUUAUAUUUUUCCUAGAGCAGUGUUUCUCAAUCCGGUCCUCAGGGACCCACAGCCGGACCAUGUUUUUGCUCCCUCCCAGCUCCCUGCCAGACAGCCAGUUGGGAGGGAGCAAAAACAUGGACUGUCUGUGGGGCCCUGAGGACCGGACUAGGAAACAUUUUCCCAGUCCAGUCCCAUUAGUGUUUUCUAUCAGCAACAGUUCCUACCCUGAAAGUCUUUAAUAACAGUCCCACCCCUCAUAAUAUGUCUAAUUUUUGUCUUUUUCUGUUUUUUUUUUUUUAAAUCAGUCAAACCCUCUGCGUUCCUGUGCAUUAGAACAAUAAUGUUAGCGAUGAUGUGUGUCACGGUGCCGAUAUGCAUAAGUAUAGCGAAAAUGGACCAGGAUAUCCGAAUCAUUUAAUGUCAUCAGUGUGUUCUUUUGCACAUUUAAAAUCGUACUACUCGGUGGUAUUGGAAUUAUAUUUAUAUUUAAAAUUGCUAUUGUUAUGAUGUUACCUGUUAUGCGAUAAAAGGAAUGGUUAUUACAGUUAAAUAAAGUGACUGUUUUUCAUUA